GCUGUCUGUGUCCUUCAGUCUUGUAGACAUUUAUCAGCUGGAUCAGGCAGAUGUGACGCACAAGUCCUGCUAUUGGCCAGGGAAGAGAUAUGAUCUGUGUGGCCAUCAAAUGAAGGAAGUGGAGGCUGAGAUUCAGCACAGAGUGCAGCAUCAGCUCCAGCCAAUCGGCGGCGAUCCUCCCAGGCUACUAAGUUCUGUCCUAAUGCCAAAGCUUCUCUCCUGCCAGUAUACACCAAGCCUAGAGGGGAACUCACUGCUGCCACACUCACUGACAGACAAUAUGUUUCUAUAGAAGAGCUUCUGACACCUUCCAUCCACAGGAUCAUCGGAUCUACAGCCGCCUUCCCACUGCUUCUGACUUAUAGGAGACAAGAGAUCCCAGCAUGGAAUACACAGCUUCUCCCAAACCUCAGCUCUCCUCCAGGGCGAACGCCUUCUCUAUAGCCGCACUCAUGUCCAGUGGUCCAGGCAAGGACAAGGACACCUCGGAGAGUACCAUCAAACCACUGGAACAAUUUGUCGAGAAGUCAUCCUGUGUUCCUUUGAGUGACAUAUCCAUCGUGGACCCUCAUGGGGAUUUCAGCAGCAGCAGUCCUGCCUCUCUAUGUACAGAACCUCUUAUCCCUACCACUCCCAUCAUCCCCAGCGAAGAGAUGGCUAAGAUUUCCUGUAGCCUGGAGACCAAGGAACUGUGGGAUAAGUUCCAUGACCUAGGGACGGAAAUGAUCAUUACCAAGUCUGGCAGGAGAAUGUUUCCUACCAUCCGGGUGUCAUUCUCUGGAGUCGAUCCAGAUGCCAAAUACAUUGUGCUAAUGGACAUUGUCCCAGUGGACAAUAAAAGGUACAGAUAUGCCUAUCACAGGUCUUCAUGGCUGGUGGCUGGAAAGGCAGAUCCUCCUUUACCUGCCCGAUUAUAUGUGCAUCCUGAUUCUCCAUUCACUGGGGAGCAGCUACUGAAGCAAAUGGUUUCUUUUGAGAAAGUCAAGCUCACAAACAAUGAACUGGACCAGCAUGGGCAUAUUAUCCUGAAUUCAAUGCACAAGUACCAGCCAAGGGUCCAUAUUAUCAAGAAGAAGGACCACACUGCAUCUCUACUGAAUUUAAAAUCAGAAGAAUUUAGGACAUUUAUCUUUCAAGAAACAGUUUUUACUGCUGUCACAGCCUAUCAAAACCAACUGAUAACCAAACUGAAAAUUGACAGUAACCCUUUUGCCAAAGGAUUCCGGGACUCCUCCAGGCUCACUGAUAUUGAGAGCACAUUCUCCCAACAGGAUCUUGGCUUCCUCAGAGAAAGUGUCGAAAGCCUUAUUCAGAAACAUUCUUAUGCAAGAUCUCCAAUUCGGACCUAUGGGGGAGAUGAUGAUGUCUUGACAGAAGAUGGGCAGGUGGUACAGAGCAGAGGAUCAGCUUUUACAGCCUCUGACAACCUAUCCCUCGCCUCCUGGGUAUCCUCCACAUCAGGGUUCUCUAGUUUCCAGCACCCACAAACAUUGUCAGCACUGGGUUCUAGCAGCGCUUCUCUGGCAACACCAAUUCCUCACCCAAUCCAAGGCUCCUUGCCUCCCUACAGUCGACUCAGCAUGCCACUCACGCCCUCAGCUCUUGCAAGCACAAUGCAAGGUAGCGGGCCUUCAUUUCCUUCUUUCCAUAUGCCCAGGUACCAUCACUACUUCCAGCAGGGACCUUAUGCAGCCAUCCAAGGACUGCGUCACUCCUCGGCUGUGAUGACUCCAUUUGUAUGAGUGGUAUGUUGCACUUGAACACCUAAAGUAUAUAAAACUAAAGCAGCUCAUCAAUUACAGGGUCGCUAGUGCAACUAUUCUCACGUGCCACUAUUAUAAGGAACCACAUGAAGGAUGAGAAGAAGAGCACUAAACUUAUUGAUGUGACUCCACAAUGUAAGCAGCAAUGUAUGUAUCUUAUCAUGGAGACAAGCUUAUAUAAGCUGAAGAAAAACAUAUAAGGAAACAUCAAACUGGUUCCUCCACUGUUUGAAUUCUCCACAAUAACUUUACAAGUUUUGGCACCAACAUCUAUUUUAGAACUGGUCUCUAGUUGAUCUGUAUACAGUGUACAGUUUUGAUAGAUGUGUUGACUGUUGGUUAGUUUUCUUGCUUAUACACUUGACGUUCAGUAAAGAUUCAUUGCUGCUUUAAUGUUUCAACUGGAGUAGCUGACAAAAAGAAAUAUGGUAUAAAUGCAGUACUGUAAAAGACAGAUUUCUGGUACAAUGCAAUAAUUGUUAGAGGCAUAUGUUGCUGCUAUUCUCCCAUUUCAGUAUAAAUGCUAAUUAUUUAUUAUCAGAUUUAGUGCAUGUUAAAGCAUUCUGUGGAUCAGUAAACAUCUUAGGGACCAGUGCAUCGUUGAAAAAUUUAAAGCAGGACACACAUUUUAUUUUCUCUCCAUGUCGCAUUCACAAGCUUUUGUUACAUCUGCUUUAAAAUAAAAUUAACUUGGUUUUCUACAAUACAAACACAUCGGAUUUUGUAACCGCCUGCAGUCCAAUGCCGAUAUUCAGCAAUAACAAUUGAUGUCUACUUUAUAUUUGUUAAAAAAAUGUGUUUAUGUUUGAGAAAAAUUAUUUAUUAGAUUUAAGGGCACAACCAUCACUUUGUGGCAAAUUGAACCUUCUGUGUAAGUGGUGGAAAAAAAUGUUGAGAUGAGGUCCGAAACUUCUCAUUUAUUUACAAAAGCCAGAAGAGUAUCAUUUCGGGUAUGUCGGAAACUAGUUUUGAAGCCCAAGAUUUGAACAUUGAUGAAAUGUGUAUGUGAUGUUCUAUGAUGUAGAGUUUGUUACUAUUACUUCAUUUUUAUAUAUGUAUAUAUAUCUAUAU